CCGGGGCAGCAGUGCCAGCAGGUUGAGGGAAGCCAUAAUUCCUGACGUGACUCUACACUGCCUGCCAGAGCCUCUGCUCUGUUGCCUGGGGACCCAGGCCCACACCCUCUGUGAGGCGGUGACCGUGAUGUCACAGUGGGUGUCAUGGAGCGGCCAUUGUGACGCGUGAGGCUUGGAGCAGAGCAAAGGCUGCGGGGCUCAGCCCGAGCGUCAGUGCGGCCUGGCGAGGCGCGGAGAGAGCAGGGACUCUUGCAGUGCUCGCUGUUAACGCACAUGAUGUCCAGUAGGAAGCGGAAGGCCUCCAGCUCGGAGGAGCCAGUGUGUGCGCUGUGUGGCCGGGCAGAUGUCGAUCCGAACGUCUGCGGACACACAUUUUUUGCGAGUGGGAUUCACGUCCAUGAGUUCUGCUUGAUGUUUGCCAACACCAUUUCCGAAGCACGACCAGCAUGGGUGGGACCUGAGGGCCUCCCCGUUGCUGUCGUCAGACGCGCAGUCAGGCAGGCAAACCAGAAGCAAUGCUUUGUCUGUGGCGAGAGGGGGGCUGCCAUCACGUGUGCAGAGAGUGGCUGCGAACGCAGCUUCCAUCUGCCCUGCGCCAUGGAUGGGGAAUGCGUCACCCAUUUCUUUGGGCCACGCAGCUCCUACUGCUGGGAGCACCGCCCUUCACAGGAAAGUCGGGAAGCUCCAGCUGAAGGCACCAACUGCCUCAUCUGCCUUGAGCCCGUGGGGGACAGCUUGUCCUACCACACCAUGGUGUGCCCAGCGUGUGCACACUGCUGGUUCCACCGGGGCUGCAUCCAGCAACAGGCCUUGAAUGCUGGCGCUUGGUGCUUCCGGUGCCCCAGUUGUCAGGACAUCCUCAUGUUCUUAGCAGAGAUGUUCCUCAUGGGGAUCCAUAUCCCACUCAGAAGACCACUAUGGGAGGAAAGUGAUGCGUAUGAAUCACUUCUAGAGAGGCACAGCCGCUGCAAUGCCUGCGAGUGCCUUUUACCGUGGCGGCAGAGAGCAGGCAGAGAGAGAGGGCCACAACCCUUUUGCUUCCCCAGGCCCUGGCAGCUGAUCCUCUGCAGCUCCUGUGCUGCUCAAGGCACUCACCGGCGCUGCUCCACCUUGGCAGACACCGCAGACAGCUGGGAGUGUGACAGCUGUGCUGGCCUGGGCACCGCCUCCAGCGCAAACAUGGAGCACGCCGGCUCCAGCAGUGCCAGCCGGGAGGGACUGAGGCCAUCCCACAGCUCCUUGGUGCCGGAGAACAUCAGCUCCGCAUCCACCAGCCAGGCAGCGUCGGGCCCGUCGCUCAGUUCCCAGCUGCCUGAGCACAGUGGCCAUCCCAGGGAGCCUGAGACGGAGCUCCGGCCACGUUUACACGAGGAUCAGAAUCCCUCUGAGCAGCGCCGAGGGCGUCGAAGGAGCAGACGGACACCAGCCCCCGGUGCUGAGAGCAGCUCCCAGACCUCCACCAGACAGAGGGCAUCGGGGUCCUCCACAGAGUCCCCAGCAGCUGCUCACACAAUGCGUCUCAGGCAGCGGCGGGCAGGCCAGACGCGAAGCCGCUCCCCAUUACGCGCUCGGGCCUCACAUUCACCAAACCGGCCCAGAAGACACCGUGGCAGCAGGCAGAUGCCCUUGAGGGAGUCCCUCGCUGCCUGA